GCGCUCCGAGGCGGCGGUCAUGGAGGGCGCGGGCUUCCGCAAGGAGCUGGUGGGCAAGCUGCUGCGCCUGCACUUCCAGGACAGUGGGACAAGAGUCAGUGGGGACGCGCUGCAGCUCAUGGCAGAGUUGCUGAAGAUUUUCGUCACAGAAGCGGCCGUCCGCGGGGCCCGGCAGGCCCAGGCAGAGGACGUGGCCCUCGUGGGUGUGGAUCAGUUGGAGAAGGUGCUUCCUCAGCUGGUAGGUGGGCACGGUGGGUGCAGGUGAGGGCCCUGGGAGCGGAGCCUCGCCGGUCAGCUAAGCACCCCUUCCCUCCACAGCUCCUGGACUUCUAGGGUCCCCGCCGUCACUGACGCUGCCCAGGAAAUCCCACCGCAGCCCCAUGUGGUCCCUGGUUUCAGAUGGGGAUGCACCUGAGGAGUCUGGAUUGGAUUCAAACCAGCGUUUACACAUCUCCGGGACUCCCCUCCAGCCUCUGAGCGGCAAGGUUACUAUGCACUGCUACCCACCUGGCGCCCUCUGCUGUGUUGAUGACUGGGGGACAGCAUCUAGGGGGGGACCCCUGCCCCUCUCACCUCCCGGGGGCAACUGCACCUGCCACAGCGGUCCUGGGGAGGCAGGUGCUAGGGGCAGGGCACGGCCUGCCAGCUGUCAGGCGGCCGUAUGUGUUAUACAAACAGAGCGACCGCCAGGGCUGCCUUCUUCCUGCGUUCCUGCCACUGACCUCAAAGCUGCUGUGCAGACUUUCAGCCAUGUGACAUUGCCCACGAAGACGCUUCCCUGAGCUGUAAACUUGCUCUCAUACAGCAGCAUUCAUAAAUCAAAACCACCUCUCCCA